AUGGGAAUCAUUGAUCAAGUCAGAGCCAAACCAACACUUGAUACCUCCUGGGAAGCAUUCAGAGAUAAGAGGGAGAUUCCCAACGGACUCUACCUGUUCUCCAAGGUUGACCCUCCAGAGGUAGUAGCCUACUAUCUACAGAACUUUUCCAAUCAAGGGGUGUAUAUCUCUGAAUUCAUAGUGGACUGGCUACCUGAGCAUCCACCAAACUUUAUGAAGAGGAUGCGAGAGCCCUAUGAGAAGUCCAAGAAGGAAAAGAAAGCUAAGCUGGGAGAAUCCUCUGGAUCAAGACCCCCAGUUCCUCUGGUUGGCUCUCCGGGUAAGUUUUUAUCUCUCCCUCCCUCUGUCAAAAUUAAACCAAUUGCUUCUUCUCUUCCCCAAACAACUCCCAUUUACACCUCUACUGAAACUCCUCCCUCAACCACCAGAUCUUCUAACCCAUCUUCUCUGAAAUUCAACCUCACCACCACAACAUUACUAGUUUCAGAAGCAGAAAUGUUGAAUGAAACCACCUCACCAUCUCCUCAAUCCCCACCUUACUACGAACUCUCCUCUAAUACUGAACCAUCUGACCCUCAAUCCCCCACUCUGGCUCAGCUCCAAGCCCGUACUAUGGCCUCUCAACAACCAUCACAUCCUGAACCUGAACCUGAAGUCACUUCCCCACCUCCGGAACAUCCAAAUCCAACCACAUCUGAACCACAACCAACCCACUCUGAACCACAACCAUUUGAACCAACCCACUCUAACAUACCAUCACCCAUCACUUCCGCUGACCUAACAACUCCCACACUUAAUCUAAGUUCCCCCAUCUCACCCUCCUCACCCUCCCCAGCCUCUGCCACUGAACCAGAAACUACCCUUCCUACCCUUGAAAAAGCAAUCCAGGUUUUUGCAGAGUCUUUAGUUGAGAAGGUCAAGUCUCUGACCAUCAACUCUGGUAUCAGUUAUGAUCCCUCUGCUGCUGAGGCAAAAGAUAAAGCCGACGCUGAAGAAGUAGCUCGCAUUGCUGAAGAAGUUGCUGCCAAAGCCAACGCUGAUGAACUGACUCAGGGGGAACACUCCAACUCUGGGUUUGUCCCUCUGGUUUUGAAAACUCUAGAGGAACUGCAGAAAGAACAACAAAUAGUUCGAGCCAGGCUAGAUCAACAGGACUCUAUCAAUGUUAACAUUCAGAACAUGUUGUCCUAG